UGUUUGAUAUUGUCAUUUGUGUAAAGGUAUCAAAGAAUUGGAGCAUAAAAAUGUUGCAAGAUGCUAUUACACAAAGGCUAAAAUUGAAUGUGGAAGGCAUCACUAGCCCUGACGAAAUUGCUUGGCGAAUAUCUAAGGAGUUGGAAUGCAAAAGGUAUCUCCUUCUUUUGGAUGAAGUUUGGGACAUUCUUGAUCUACAUGUGAUAGGAAUCCCUGACAAUGAAAAGGAUAGCAAAGUGGUAUUGGCGACUAGAUAUCGUGACAUUUGCUUUGAUAUGGAAACUGAUGAGCAAAUUAAGUUGAAAUGUUUGUCUGAAGAUGAGGCAUAUAAAAUGUUCAAAGAAAAAGUGGGUCGAAAUAUGAAUCUUCCAGGUAUUGAACCAAUAGCCAAGUUAGUUGCUAGUGAAUGUGCUGGUUUGCCCCUCUUGAUAGACAGGGUAGCGAGAGCUUUCAGAAAGAAGGAUAACUUUGAGCUGUGGAGUGAUGGACUUAGGAGUUUGCGGAGAUGGCCCAGUAUUGAAGUCCAAGGCAUGGAUGAGUCAAUUGAAUUCUUAAAGUUUUGUUAUGAAGAUUUAAAUUGUGAUGAUAGAAAGUUUUGCUUUCUGUACAGUGCACUAUAUCCUGAAGACUUUGAAAUAUAUAUAGAUUAUUUGUUGGAAUGUUGGAGAGCUGAAGGUUUUAUUCAUGAUGCAAAUAAGUUUAGAGUUGCACGUGAAAAAGGGCAUACAAUACUGCAUGACCUUAUCAACGUGUCUUUGCUAGAGAGGAGUGACAGGAUGAAUUAUGUAAGGAUGAACAAAGUGCUGCGGAAUAUGGCCCUUCAAAUUUCUUCUGGAAGCAAUAAUUUUAAAGUUUUGGUCAGAACCCCUCAGGAGCAGCAACAACCCCCCAAUGAGGUAGAAUGGCAACAUGCAAAUCGAAUCUCUUUGAUGGAUAAUGAAUUGUGCCUUUUACCAGAAAUGCCAAAUUGCAAGAAUCUUUCAACAUUGUUACUACAGAGAAAUCGGGAUUUAACAUUAAUUCCUGAAUCAUUCUUUGGACUCAUGCAAAAUCUACGAGUCUUAGACUUGCAGGGCACUGGAAUUGCGUCAUUGCCAUCAUCUAUAUCUUGCUUCAUGUGUCUCAGAGCGCUCUAUCUAAAUGCUUGUGUCAAUUUGAUGAAACUCCCAUUUAAUAUUAAAGAGCUUAUGCAUCUUGAGGUACUUGACAUUCGAAAUACUGGGAUUAAUUAUUUGCCAAUUCAAAUUGGAUGUUUGACUCAGUUGAAGUGUUUACGUAUGUCAUUGUCAAAUUUUGGCAUGGGACAGUCAAGGGGUGUGGAGCUUCGUAGAAAUGUUUUGUCAAAACUUUCUUUAUUGGAAGAACUAAGAAUUGAUGUAGAUCCAAAUAAUCAAAGGUGGGAGGAGGUUGUAAAAGCCAUUAUUGAGGAGGUGGCUACCUUGACACAUUUGACUUCACUUUCGAUUUGUUUUCCUAGCAUGGACUGUCUUGAGUUUUUCAUCUCAACGAGUCCUUCAUGGAAGGAUCUCUACUUCACAUUCCAAUUUUCUGUUGGUCACCAUGACUCAACCAAAUAUCAAAUUCUUGACUAUUUUGAAUAUCAAAUCAGGAGGUGUUUGAAGUUUGUAAAUGGUGAAGGUGUACAUCCUGCAAUUUCAGAGGUUCUUGCAGAAUCUGAUGCAUUUGAAUUGAUCAGCCACAAGGGAGCUUCAAAACUAUCAGAUUUUGAUAUCAAGAGUAUCAACAGGAUGCGGGGUUGCUUGAUUGAAGGAUGCAAUGAAAUUGAAACUAUUGUUGAUGGUGAUAGUUUACACUUCAAUAGUUCACAAGAAAGUGCAUUGGAAUGCUUAGAAGUGAUGUACAUAAAUAAUGUCCCAAAAUUAGCAAGCAUUUGGGAAGGACCUGUUCAUGCUGGAAGCCUAGCUCGACUAAAAACUCUGACUUUAUGCAAAUGUCUGAGUUUAAAGAUGAUCUUCUCCAACGGCAUGAUUGCUCAACUCUCUGAACUUCAAAACUUAAAAGUUGAUGAGUGUCCUGAAAUCGAAGAGAUAAUUAUGGAGUCUGAAAACAGGGGGUUGGAACCUGAUGUGCUUCCAAGUUUGAAGACACUAGUACUUCUUGAUCUUCCAAAAGUAAGAAGCAUUUGGAUUAAUGACUCAAUAAAGUGGUCAUCUUUGAAGAAGAUUGAGAUAUCUAUGUGUCAGUUAUUGAAAAAAUUGCCCUUCAACAAUAAGAAUGCAAUCAAUUUGGAAUGUAUUGAAGUCCAACAAUCAUGGUGGGAUGCAUUGGAAUGGAAAGAAGAAGCCAUUGAAGAAAGACUACGAUCUAUGUGCAGCUUCAACUAGUGGUUUUGGCUUUCAUCCUUCUCGACAGCCCUUCAUUUGUGUAAGCUGGUGGCAAGAACGUUUGCUUCAUUAAUUUCCAGUUUGUAAGAUUUAAGACCCCUGUGUUCUUUUCUUUUUAAAGACAACAUAUGAUGCAGAGUCUAAAAUGCCUUUUAUCUUGAUCUAUGUGAUUGUAUAAUAUUUGUAAUUGCAGGAUUUUGAGUGUUUGAAAUCUUAACUUACCAGUAUUUAUGAUUGUUGCCCCAAUCUUGGAUCAUUA